AUGCUGUCACUACUCGUUCACAAAAAAAGGGGAUGGAAAGGGGACGCGAAAGGGGAUGGAAAAGCAAGGAGAAUAGAAAGCGGAACAGGAGGGAAGAAUGAGAUAGAACCUGAAAUGCAACUGAGAGAAGAAUCGUUACCACCCAUUGAGAUAGGGGAAGGAGCUGGAGAUUUAUUCACUCCGUUCAGGAUAACUCAAGAAGAAUUUUCAAAGGCUCAAAUUGACUGCGGAACCUUGGAAGAAUGUAGGGAACGCGUUAACAAAGGACAUGAUGGAAUUAAAAAGGAAAAGGGAUUGUUUUUUAGGGUAACAAAAGAUCAUUUAGGGAACCCGAGAUCUCAAUUAAUUGUGCCGAAAAAAUCCAGACCGGCAAUAUUAGAGAUGUGCCACGAGUCGACGUCGGCACAUCUGGGGGUAACUAAAACGAAAGAUAGGGCCCUAAAAUAUUAUUUUUGGCCAAAUUGUGUAAAGGAUAUCGAGAAUUACGUUCGCUCGUGUGAUCCUUGUCAACGAAUCGGUAAACCGAGGGAGAAGACAAAGGCCCCUCUCAAAUUAGUUCCCGUUAUAUCGGAAAUUUUUAGCAAAUUAAAUAUUGAUUGCGUAGGACCAUUACCCAUUAGUGAGAAAAACAAUCGAUAUUUGUUAACGGCGAUGUGUAUGUCUUCAAAAUAUCCGGAUGCAAUCCCUAUAGAAGACCUUACGUCAAUCACAGUGAUAAAUGCUAUGUUAAACGUUUUUAGUAGAAUGGGGUUUCCCCGUGAGAUACAGUGUGAUUGGGGUACGUCGUUCACUAGCUAUUUAACCACAGAAUUUUUUGAUAAGUUCGGAAUAAAAGUCACUCAUUCAUCUGUGCGGCAUCCCCAGACAAACCCGGUAGAGCGUUUCCACAAAACCAUUAAGCGACUUCUAAAGGUACUAUGUUUAGAGUCCGGAAAGGAUUGGGAGAAAAAUCUUCCAGCAACUCUGUUAGCUUUGAGAACGGUUACUCACGAGAGCACAGGAUUUAGCCCCGCUGAGUUGGUUCACGGAAAAAACCUAAGGACUCCAGAAGUGCUGUUAUACGAGCACUGGGUAGCACCGAAAGAAAACGAAACGGCGGUAGCCAAAUACAUGUACGACUUAAUAAACCGCAUGAGACGUUGUCAGGAUAUAGCAGUAACCAGGAUGUUGGAGACGCGAGAUAAGAGAAUAUUAUGGUAUGACAAAAAUGCUGUCCAUCGCCAAUAUAAAUCCGGUGAUCAAGUGUUGGUGCUCGCAGCAUCUAUGCCGAAUAAACUAUCAGUACAGUGGAUAGGGCCAGGCGAAAUUCAAUCUCAAUUGUCGGAAACGAACUAUAUAGUGAAAAUGACAGGAAAGGAGGCCAAGCCCCAAAUUUUUCACGUUAAUCUGUUGAAACCUUACCAUAAAAGAUUGGCGGAGGUGAAUCUAGUGUUCCACGAGGAAAAAGUGAAUGUGGAGACGGAAAAUGAUUUAGAGAUCGCAUACCCGACGGGAGACGUAAACGUGUACGAUUUCGAGGAAAUAUCUCGAAGUAGCAACUUAGAAGAGAGGUUAACGACGGAGCAGAUCGGGGAACUCAAAGAGUUGUUACAUAAACAUAAAACAGUUUUUUCAAAUAAGCCGGGAAAAACACAUCUAGUUGAGCACGAUAUAGAACUGAUCAGUAAUCAACCUGUUCGGUCGAAGCCAUAUCGCACAUCGCAACGCCAAGCCGAAAUUUUGAAAUCGGAAAUAAAGCAGAUGUUAGAUCUGAAAAUAAUUGAAAUGGGACAAUCAGACUAUACAUCACCAAUGCUGUUAGUAGAGGCACCGGGAAAAGCCCCAAGACCUUGUAUUGAUUACCGAAAAUUAAAUAGUAUAAUUAAAACUGAGUACUUCCCCUUGCCAAAUUUAGAAGAGCGAGUAGAAAGAGUCUCCGCCGCAAAAUUUAUUACGGUACUAGAUCUAGUGAAGGGCUACUGGCAAAUUCCAAUGACGAAGAACGCAAGUCGGUUAGCAGCGUUCGUAACUAAUUUCGGGACGUAUCUCCCUCUAAGAAUGCCAUUUGGAUUGGUGAAUGCGCCAUACUUUUUUAGUAAGAUGAUGGCUGAGAUAUUAGGGAAUUGUGAGAAGUAUGCAGUACCUUACUUAGACGAUAUUGCGAUCUAUUCCGAAACAUGGGAAGAACACUUGAAACAUGUUGACGAGGUUCUUAAAAGAAUAGGAGCGGCAAAUCUAACCGUGAAACCAUCAAAAUGUCAGCUAGCACAGAGCCGGACGAAAUAUUUAGGACAUAUGGUAGGAGAUGGCGUUCGAACACCAGCCGAAGCAAAAAUCAAAGCAGUGAUAGAUUUUCCUACCCCCAAAACAAAAACUCAGAUACGAGCUUUCCUUGGGCUAGCGGGUUAUUACGCACACUAUGUGGAAAAAUUUUCUGUCAUAGCCGCACCUUUAACCAACGCAUUGAAAGAUUCCGAAGGCAAGGAACAUCCUAUUUUAUAUCUAAGUAAGAAAUUUCCAGACGCGGAAAAGAAAUACAGCACUACUGAAAAAGAGUGUGCUAGUAUAGUAUACGCCAUAAAGAAGCUUAAAUUUUACUUGGAUGGCCAGCACUUCACUAUUGUCACGGACCACAAUCCAGACUCUUCAAGUCAUCAAGAAACGAAGCAAUUAUCAACAACCAGUCACCAGUUGUCAGUAAGUGUCAAACCGAGGUGCGCUUCAACCGGUGUUAGCUGUGAAUUCAUUAAAAUUGUCAUGUGCUCAAGAGGCGAUCGGUCACAAAGAUGGAUCCUUAACAGACAUUCCCUCGAUCGACUUGAGACCAUUGAGGAAGAGUUGCUGAGCAGCUAUUGA